AAUGCAUAAUUUUGUAAAAUAAUUUCAAGCUCAUAAAUUUAAUCACAAAUUCAUAAAUUACAUCGAACUUGCGCAACUGUAGGGGUUGUCAUCAUUAACUCCGCCUAUACACGAACAAGGGGAUGAUGUAAAUCUUUUUCGUUCAUAUUCACGUUAUUAACUGUUCAUCUUUCGUUCGGAUAAAAAAUAUUUAUUUUUGUGACAGGAUUACUGAAGUUGUUGAUUUUUUUUCCUCAAAAUUAUUUUAUGCUAAAAUUAAAAAGUUAUUAUGAAUGCAGGUGUUGAAGUUACUGAGGUUGAAUUCAACUACGAUGCACCCAAUGCUUCGGAUAAAUGUCAAUUUUAUCAAGAAAAUGCUCAAAUGCAACCGUCUCAAGCAGCUUUCACCUUUCAAAAGACAACCCACCAAGUAAAAAAUGAUUGUUUAUCGUUAAACGCAUCCAUAAAAGCUGAAAGAUUAUCACCUACGAAUUAUUGCCCAUUUUAUUCAACGAAUCAAAACAACGAACACAAUUUAAGAACAAUCACACCUCUUUCUUCAUCAUUACCGAGCACCAAUUACCAGCAAAUGAAUUCUUCGUAUUUUAUUCGCCAAGAAUGUAUUCUAUCGAAUAGUAAACGAAGAGAAGACAGGAUUAGCAAAGGAAAAGAAUACGAAAAAUCACAUUACGAAACCUGGUCAGUAAUCGGUAAUCAGUACAUGGUUAAUCAAAGGACAACCAAUCAAAAUCGACGAGGCUCUUUGCAACUUUGGCAAUUCCUGGUAUCGCUCCUAGAUGAUCCUAAUAACGCCUCUUGUAUCAUGUGGACUGGCCGAGGAACCGAAUUCAAAUUAGUUGAACCAGAAGAAGUGGCCAGACGUUGGGGAGCGCAAAAAAACAGGCCUGCCAUGAACUACGACAAGCUUAGUCGAUCAUUGAGAUAUUAUUACGAGAAAGGAAUCAUGCAGAAAGUGGCAGGUGAACGUUACGUGUACAAAUUUAUGUGCGAACCAGAUGUCUUAUUUAGUAUGGCUGCUCAUCAACACAACGAAAUUUUCAACUCCGAGUAUAUUCAUAAGUUUAGAGAAGACACAUGGACCGAAUACGGAAACCGUUAUGGUCCUGAGGUGAUGACUUUUCACAAUGGUGUUCAGUUUUAUAAGUAUUUAGGUCAUAAAGACCAAUCGCAAGAUAUUGCCAAACAUGGUGUAAAUUUUAUCCCUUACAAUGGUAAAUAUUUUGAAAAAAAUUCCAAUGAUGAAUCCGCCAACGAUGUUAGAAGUGGAGGAUGUAAUUGUGUCAAUUGUAGUAAUUCGAUAGUUAAAUCAAAUAAUACUAGUGCUAGCGAUAGCAAUUAUAAUCAGGCGUUUUAUAGCGAAGAUUACGAAGCUAAGAAAGAAUAUGAUAAAUUUUUUUCCAAAGAAAAAUAUAUUAUUCGUGGAAAUACCUAGUUUAAGAAUUAUUCUA